AUGUCUUUUGGUAUCAAGUUCGACAUACCAAACUCCGCUCGAUUUUUCACGCCGUUUCUGAGACUGCCUCCCGAGAUCAGGCACCAGAUCUGGGAGGCCGCCGUUCUCCAGCCUGGGAUGCAUUGGCUCCGUCUCCACAGUCAAGCCGAACCGUUAUAUCCCCCGGGGCACGUUGCACUUGCCAACGUUGCCGAGGACGACAGCGACAACGAUGCUUUACCAAGCUUCUCCCACGAAAGAGUCCCGCUAAGGCUCAGGAAGGCUACUUUGGAGCCUCGAUAUCCAACCCCGCAAGCCGACAUAUCGAACUACGUUUCUGUCAACCGAACAGUGAGCAUUCUUUCUGCCACGUGCAGCGAGUCUCGCAACGUAAUGAAACGCCUUACGAACCUGCCGGGGGUUGUAAAGUUCAAGAAUGGCCGUGUCAUCUCUUUUGCUCCCGCAAACGACGUCGUCUGCUUGGAGUAUUUGACACCAACCCUAUUCAAAACAGGGGGUCGCUUGAAGCUGCCCAUUCGCUGCAAGGAACUGGCCAAAAUUCGUCGAGUUGCUGUCACUUACUGUCAUCAGUGGGAUCCGGACAGCAAUACCUACCUCUGUUCACACUGCGGAAACUACCACUCCACUUCUAGAAGGAGGGUCCAUCCCGUCCACCUCUAUGAAUUUAUUGCUCGACACCUUCCAAACCUCGAGGCUUUCUACCUUGUCGACUACUUGAUCCUGCGCAAGCCUCGACCUGUCGAGUCUGAGGACUGCGAGAUGAUGGACGUGGACACAGAAAUGGUGGUGGCGCAGAAGCCCUGGCCGUCCACAUGUCCCGACAAGAGCAGGGCAAGAUCAGAAAUAGACCCUCGGAUAUACAGGAGUGCGGACAGGGUAUUUGUCGAAGCAAAUCCGGAUGACUGGACAGUCAAAUCUUCAGUCUUCGACACCAUAUCAUGGGUCCGUAAACGAUUUGUCCAAUACGCCACCAAGAGCAAGCUCAGCACCCACAAGCGGCCAAAAUCCGUCAAGUUUGGCGUUCUGGCUUGCGAAUGGGUUUACGAUAGAGAAGAGAUUUCGAUGACGAACCCGUACUCGACCGCGAAGACGUCCCAAAGCAAAAGACGAAAGUUAUCGCGCCCGAACGAUGCUAGCCGGGGUAGAAUCCCACUGCCGAGUGGUGCGACAAUUAGGCCAGCAAUGGAGGCCGAGACGCUUCCGACUCCGCCUCUACCAGUGCCCUGGGGAACUCAAGCUUCCUUCAUCUUUGGACAGAAUAUGCACUACGACUUUGAUUUCAGCAGCGCACCGUCCACGGACGUGUAA